AUGAUAAAUAAUCCACUUAGAAAAGCACUUAUUUAAUUCUUUUGUCCUUUGGGAUUCAGAGGUUCUAUAUACAGUUUCUCUAAUACCAACAGGUUUAGAUCACAAUCAUCAAGAUCUUAAUUUUAAGGAUCCUACCAUUCAAGGUCUCAUAUAUCAUUUGGUGAAUUUGCUCGACACUGUGAGGCAUUAAAGUAAGAGUAACAAAAUGAGAUAAAUAAAUAAUUAAAACUCAUACCUAUUGCACCUACAGAUGAGGUUAUUAAUUUUAUAAAAGCAAACAAAAUUCAUGGGAAAGUUUUUAAUAUUGCCUAAGAUUUCAAUUUUCUACCUUAAAAUCUUUAGGAAGCUUUAAAAACAAGAAACAUAACAUCUCCUUCAUCAAUUCAACAAGCAAUAAUGCCAUUAAUUUUUGAUGGCCAUGAUGUAAUAGCAAUAGCUGAAACAGGAUCAGGCAAAACACUUGCCUAUGCUUUACCUGGAAUCAUGCAUAUGCAAGCAUAACCACCUAUCAAUGGUCCAAGAAUUUUGGUUUUAGCUCCAACUAGAGAACUAGCUUAACAAAUUUAAACUUAAUAUGAUCUAUUUGCAAAAACUUGUUGUUUAUAUGGAGGUGUCCCUAAACCUAAUUAAUAUGUUAGUUUAUUAGGAAAAUCUAAUAGAUUUGCAAGGCCAGAAACUCCAAAAAUAAUAAUUGCUACUCCAGGUCGAUUAUUAGAUUUUAUAAAAGAUGGAUUACCUUUAAAAUCAAUUACUUAAGUAGUUUUGGAUGAAGCAGAUAGAAUGCUUGAUAUGGGUUUUGAAGAUUAAAUUAGAGAUGUAUUGAAAGAAGUCAGAAAAGAUAGAUAAACAUUAUUUUUUAGUGCAACAUGGCCUUAAGAAGUUUAAAGAUUAGCAAAUAGUUUAUGUAGUCAAGAUCCAAUUUUCUUAUAAUUAGGAGAGAGAGGUUUAUCUGUUAAUAAGAAUAUCACCUAAAGUGUAAUAAUUGCUGGUGGAAAUAAGUUUGAAUAAUUAAUUGAAUAUUUCAAUCAAAUAAAAGAUAAAAAGGUUUUGGUGUUUUGUUAAAAGAAAAUAGACACAUAAAAGCUUGAAUAUAGAUUAUCAUAACAUGGUAUUAAUGCUAGAUAUUUACAUGGAGAUUUAAAAUAAAAUUAAAGAGAUUAUAUUAUGUAAGAUUUUAGAAAUGGAAAAGUUAGUUGUUUAAUUACAACUAAUUUAGCCUCAAGAGGAUUAGAUGUUUCAGAUGUAGAUAUUGUGGUAAUCAUUAUAUAUAAAUAUUUAGAUUAAUUAUGAUUUCCCUGAAAAUAUUGAAGAUUAUAUCCAUAGAAUUGGUAGAACUGGUAGAGCUGGCAAAAAGGGAGAAGCUUUAAGCUUUAUAGAACCAAGAGAUUUAAAUUAUAAACUCAAAGAUGAUCUCAUCAAAGUUUUUAAAUAAUCAUCUUAAGAGAUUCCAUUACAAUUAUUGAAACUCAAGGUGUAUUGA